GCAAUUUUAUUUACAGCAGUUGGAUUUCAGAACAUCGAACGGGCGGGCGUGCGUAGGAUGGAUCGCUAAUGACACCAGUAAUUUUUUUUUCAUUCCGCCUUCUACAGUGUUUGUUUAUACCUUCCGGCACAUUUUAAAUCCUUCUCGAACGUGGUGCUAUAUGAACUUUUUAGUUGCGGCGUUUAUUUUCUGUUAAAUUUUACCAAAAGCGCCGUUCCGAUUUCUCAUCGAGAAGGCAGCCGCAUAAGUUUGAAAGCGGCUUUUCAAGAGUAGUAAGCCUACUCAGUAAAUUUUGUUAUUGCUACUUCAACAAUUCAAGCAAAUAUUACAAAAAUGGUGAAAAAGAUCUCAGAGGAGAGUGUGGAUAGCGGCGUUGGUCAUGGAAGCAGUCGGUCGGGGAGCGAGCGCGAAUGUGAAGAGGUGGUACUAGGAUCUGAUUCUUCAGCUCCGGUGCCCAUCCCCGACAGUGAGGACCUCCAGCGGCGCAAGGAAGAGGCUCGCAGGAAACGCCGCAGGAAGAAGCGCUCUGGGAGCUCCGUGGUCACGUCAUGUUUUCAAGAUCUGUACAAAUUGACCGGCGAGGUACUCGGCGAGGGCGCGUACGCCUCGGUUCAGACCUGCGUCAACAUCUAUACGGGCCAGGAGUUCGCAGUGAAGAUCAUAGACAAGGUGCCGGGGCACGCCCGCGCUCGCGUCUUCCGGGAGGUGGAGACCUUCCACUACUGUCAGGGGCACCCCAAUAUAAUCCAGCUCAUUGAAUUUUUCGAGGACACCGACAAGUUCUAUCUUGUCUUUGAAAAGAUAAACGGCGGACAACUUCUCGCCCGCAUCCAGGAGUUCCACUACUUUUCGGAGCCGCAGGCGGCGCAGAUCGUGCGAGAGAUAGCGAACGCUCUCCACUUCCUCCACGGCAAAGGCGUAGCGCACCGCGACCUCAAGCCCGAGAACAUCCUGUGCGUUCACCGCGACAGGCUGUGUCCCGUGAAGGUCUGCGACUUUGAUCUGGGCAGCGGCAUCAGCUUCACGUCAACCCUCGCCGGCCCGCUGGCUACGCCACAGCUCAUGACUCCGGUUGGCAGCGCUGAAUUCAUGGCACCCGAGGUGGUGUGCCUAUUCGCGGGCUCGGCGGCCACGUCGUACGACAAGCGCUGCGACCUGUGGUCCCUGGGCGUGAUCGCCUACAUCCUGCUGUGCGGGUACCCUCCCUUCCGCGCCAACUGCGGCCGGGACUGCGGCUGGGUGCGGGGCGAGAACUGUCGCGCCUGCCAGGACCUGCUCUUCACGUCCAUACAGGAGGGCAGAUACACAUUCCCGGAGGAGGAAUGGUCAGAGAUAUCAUCGGAAGCCAAGGACCUCAUCCGUCAGUUGCUGGUGCGCGAGGCUUCCCACCGCCUCAGCGCCGAGCGAGUGCUGAACCAUCCGUGGCUGCAGUGCGCCGAUCCUGAUCACCCCAACCAAUAUCCACCGCUGCAGACUCCACUGAAUAUCAAAAGGAAUAUGUCAGCUCGGAAUCUAUCUAACUUCGCGGAGUCUGCCAUGGCAGUGAAUAGGGUGAUUCAGCAGCAUUUCUCCAUGAACUAUUCGUAUAUGGAGAGACCCCCGGCUCUUCGAUGCACCAAAUCCUGUCAACCGAGCCCUCCGCAACUGAUUGAGGAAGUGGAAGGCGCUGGAGUUGCUAUGCAAAAGAUGGCCAUUGGUAACCGAUGUGUUGACGAUGGACUUCCAUUUGGCCUGUCUCCUCCCACCGAGUCACAACUUCUUCGUCGCCGUCUGCAAACCGAGAAGCCCCUCCCUGUCCAUUAGCACUCACCUGGACUAUCAUUCCGAAUUCCAUCCCUACGUUGUGUGAAUCUCAACCGUAGAGAAACAGAUUUAAGAGUGAUAGUUCAUCCGGUAGACUCCCGCCGAUUUGCGAGACAACAUUGUGCGGCAGUACCCUUACUGUGUCUAAAUUGCUAAAAUAGACGAGUGUGCGCAGUUUUGCCAGAAAUAAUUGCUAAUGUAGUGAGUGCUCCUGGUUCGUCUGUGAAGUCUACCAAGGACGCCAUCUUGAAAUUUGAUAUACAUAUACAACCAAAAAAUAUUAAAACUGUUUUUCUAUAAGUGGAUGCAUAUUCAUGUAUCUAUAUUUUUUUUUAAUUAUUGAAAUCUUAGAUAUAUAAUCUUGUCAAUAUAUUUUUUUUGAUGAUGGCAUCCUUGGCAGCCUUUUAAAACGAGUGGGUGAAGGUAGGAUGUGACUGUGCCCGUCACAUUCCAUCAAGCCACAGUUUAGGACUGUCCAUCGAGUGCUUUAUUAUUCCGGGACUUUUAAUCCACUAAACACCUAUACUAAACUUAUGUUUAUUCAAGUUAAUAAAUUAAAAUACCAGCAAAACAUGAAUAUUUCUCAUUUUUCUGGAGUCUGAACAAGCAGAGUAGUUGUCAGUAUUGGUGUUUAGUUGAUCGACGGAUCGUGCGACUAGUCGACGAACAAGUUUAUGAACUGCUCUCCAAAACGUAGGCGGUCGAACUUGACUGUGCCAAUGGAUAUUCCACCAGUGAUAAUUGUGAAAUCCGAUCGCAAACCGAACGGUACUUAGUGCUGUAACGUUUUAUUUGAGCCAUUUUAAAGAUUAUAUUUUUAUGAAUGAAUAAAACGACUGAAUAGUUUUUAUUGAAAUGUAGAGUAUUUUGUGAGUUUAUGAGGCGGGCCUGUGCCGCCGAGACCGUAUGCCGGUCGAUAAAAUCGUAUUAUAUUGUGACCACUGAGUAUAACAAUAUUUGAACAUUAAUUCCACAAUCUUGUGUAAACACUAAUAUUAUUAUCAAAUACAAAUUUAAAUAAUUUUUGUUAAAGUAGGAUUACCUAGGCACUUGAAUCUUAAUUAUUGUUUAAUGACUGUUUUUUUGGAGAGAGUAGAAUAACAUUUAACUUUCUGUGUAAGUGCUAUUGUGACGUCUCAACAAAUAAAAAUGAAGACCAACAAAUUAUAUUUUUCCGUAUUUCCUUUGUAACAAUAUUGUUAUGUUCAGUGUGACACACAUAAAGCAUUGUAAUUGUGCUAAUUACAUUUAUUAAUACUGCUGAUAAAAUUUUCUCUUUGGGUUUAUGAAAUCCGUUCUUGAAAUUGAGCUUGUGUGAUUUAAUUGUCUUUGUAUGCCUAUCAGUUAAAAGAAUAAUUGCUACUUGUAUAUUUUCGGAUACUAGUCUGUUAAUGUGAUUAUUUUUGCAUUUUUACCAACAAACCAAUAUCUCAUUAUGUAAGUUUCAAAAUCAAAUUUUUUGAAUGUUUUACAAAUCCGUAGCGAAACCAGGGUUGUUAUUAAUUAUCAUCUUUAAAAUUUGCUUCAAUAUCUACAAAAUAAUUAUUGAAAUGUUUCGUUGACAGUAAAUUGUAAACAAUUUAUUUGACAUUUGUGAUUUUUAUUUAGUUUCGCUACAGAACAAGCAGAAUGAAAGGAACGAACACAUGUUACAUAUAAGGAGUGUUGUUCAAUGUGUAUAUAGAAGUUAAGAUCUAAGGUUGAAUUGGCUUAUUAUGUAAGGUGAUUAGGGCAUUGGAGAGCUGUUUGUAAGAAAUGACAUUAUUAACUUGUAGGUACCUCUACUGAUAGUGUUAUACAACAUAAUGUCUCGUAUAAAAUAUCCAUACAGUGACACCAUUCUUUAUUUUGUUGCUAAUAAUGUCUUGGCGGUGAACUAAUUGUAGAGGUACUUGCUUUUGGGUUUACCACAUGUUAUUUUUUUUUAUCAGAAAACCAUGGAGCUGUCUAAGGUACUUCAGGGAGACAGUUAAUCUGAUAAGAACUUUUGACAUAGUGGCUUACCCUAAUGUUGCAUGGAGUUCCAUGGGACUGCCAUAAUAUUGUGAUCAGUUUGAAUACUUUUAUAUUGCUGAAAGAAUGAAAUGUCGAUAUAAUAUUAAGUGUAGACGAGCUAGACUGUAAUACUGCGUACACUGAUUGGAGAAAGAAACACAUAGAGACAUAAUUCUUUUUUUUUAUUGAAAGUUUAAUUAUUAAUUUGUUUUCUGAUGUAAUUUAUCCUUAAUUCUCUUUAUCCAAUCAAUUCUUACUACUUGCGCAGAUCUUGUUAUAUUUUAUUAACGACAAUUAUUGGUUUGAAAUUAUCAUUGAAAUACAAGAUGUUUGAUUAUUAUAA